GCACACAUGCAUCUUCAACUCUUUGGCAUAUAUCUUUGCAAUAUAUAUAGCCCACCUUUGGCACUCCAGAGACUUGAGCCAAAGAGCUGAUGAUACAUAUUGUGUAUCUUUUUCAGAGAGAUAGAGAGCAGAGUGUGUGUGUGUGAAUUCAAGAUCAAGAAAUCAAGAAAGAUGGUGAGAGCUCCUUGCUGUGAGAAGAUGGGUUUAAAGAAAGGGCCAUGGACCCCUGAAGAAGAUAGGAUUUUAAUAUCUCACAUUCAAAAAUAUGGCCACAGCAAUUGGCGUGCACUUCCUAAGCAAGCUGGUUUGUUAAGGUGUGGAAAGAGUUGCAGACUUCGAUGGAUAAACUACUUAAGACCAGACAUUAAGAGAGGAAACUUCACUGAGGAAGAAGAGGAAACCAUCAUCAAGUUGCAUGAAAUGAUUGGUAAUAGGUGGUCAGCAAUUGCAGCGAAACUACCAGGAAGGACAGACAAUGAGAUUAAGAAUGUGUGGCACACCCACUUGAAAAAAAGGCUCAGACAAAAGAAUGACUCCAAAAAUGUCGCAUUAUUACCAAAAUGCAAUGAUGUUAUUGUCAACAUGCAAUCAGAAUCUGAGAAUUCAAAUAUUUUAACUCUUCCAGCACUAACUGAAAGCUCACCGAUGUCUCCUCAGCCCUCUUCUAGUGAUAUUUCUUCCGUGUCGGAGACUUCGAUUGCGACUGCAGAGACAACCAACACAAGUCUAGUCAACUGCGAAACCCUUGACUCAUCGCUAGAGAAUUUUCCUGUGAUCGAUGAGGAUUUCUGGUCUGAACCAGAAUUUGUCGAAAAUUAUAACGUGGGAUCAAAUGUUUUUGAUGAAUUACAACUUGAACUGCCAAGAGAAAUUAUGGAGGCAGGGCGUUUUGGCAAUAAUACAAAUAUUAUUGAUGAUGGUAUGGACUUCUGGUACAAUGUUUUUGUUAAAGCUGGGGGCAUAGAAGAAUUCGUAUAAUUUGGAGGGGGGAAAUUGAAUAUCUUUUUGAAUUUCUAAGGGCAUCUUGCAUUCGACCGUUAACAUGGAAAUUAAAGGAUUACAGAAGUUUCAUUGGUGGGCCAAAUUCGUUCGAAAGGAAGAACUGUCAUCCAUUGACGAAGACAACAGAGAGCAAAGUCUAAAUUAGACAUGUAUAAUGAGAGGGCGAUUCUAUCUUUGGUGCAUGCUUUGAAGGAUGAAGACCUGCAAUUUGAGGUUGGAAAAGUUUUGUAAAGUGAAUACAUAGGAAAUUAAGGACUAUGAAAAAAUAGAUAAAAAGUUCAUAUGUUUAUUCAGGUUGUUAAUUUUAUAGCAUUCUUAUUACUCUCUCUCCAUUGAACACAGAUUUCAUGGAACUUGUAAUACUUGUAUCAUAUCUAUUGCAAUCGAAGUUUAUCUGUUGCAUAUAUAUAUAUAUAUUGAUUGUUUGUUA